CUAUUGCAGUUUUCGUCGAGCGCUGUGGUGACCGUUUGGCCAGGAUGCCAGGACAAUGCUUUUUCCGCUCGCCGAACCUCCCACGCCCGAUUUCGGCGCCUUCGCUUGGCUCUGGCUCAUCAACCACAACUUUCAGUCGAAUUUGCGUGAGUUACACACCGGACCACACACAACGCAGCAACACCUUCCUUUUGCCAGCGGCGCGCCGUUAUCCCGAUCGACUUGCCCUAGGCUUUCCAGUGACAACAACCAACAUAAUUGAAAAGGCAGGGUUUGCUUAGGAACGCAUCUGUGGCCAGCGACUUUGCACACCAGCAGCGUAUACCUGCAGUCAGUCCGGCCGCACCCUGCCAGCGCGCGCUCACCUGCGCCACGUGCUCUAAACGUCUAGCUAUACCAGCCGACCAACCAGCUCAGCCAUGGCGCACAUGGGCCUGCGUCUGGGCUCCGGGCCUGGCGCUGGCCGGCCAAGCUGCGCACCAUCGCCAAACGGCCUUCCGUCGUCCGCGCCCUCGCUAGCGCCCACCCUUUCUGCGCCCCCAGCCAUAUGCGGCUGCUCGGGAUCCUUCCGCCAACCGUGGUCCUGGCCGGCGUCGCGGUCACAGCUCGCCGCGCCGGCGAGCGCGCUGUCGACGAAAGGCCCCGCUGUGCCGGUGCCGCCGUCCUUCGGCGCCCCUGGACUGAAACUGCAGCCGCGGCAACACCAGCAACACCAGCCACAGGACGGUGCUCACCAGGAGGUGGACGCGCACCGGAGUCGUGAGGAGCUGGAACAGCAACUGCGUCGCUCCGUGGCCGCUAGCACCAGCACAGCUACCACUUCAGCACCCGUAUCCGCAUCCGCAUCUGUCGCCUCCUCCGCAUCCGGCGCCUCGCCAUCUGGGUCGGCGGAGGCGGACGCUACAGCUGCGCCAGGCGGGCUGGAGGGGUGGUGGGCGAGCAAGCCCGCCAACGACAAGCUCGUGUUCGCUGCAACACUGGCGCUGAUGCUCUCAAACAUGGGCAAGGUGGACAUGAGUGUGGCGAUUGUGCCCAUGUCGGCAGAGAUGGGGUGGAGCGCGUCCGUCAGCGGCCUGGUGCAGGCGCUGUUCUACACCGGCUAUAUGCUGGCCUGCAUCCCCGGCGGCUACCUGGCCUCGCGCUCCGGCGGGCGCCUGGUGCUGCCGGUGGCUCUGGGCGCAUGGUCCAUCGCCACCUUCGUGGCGCCACUGGCAGCCGCCACCGUGCCCACCCUGUCGCUCACACGCUUCGUCGUGGGAGCGGGCCAGGGCGUGGCUCCAAGCGCCGUGGUUGACAUCGUGGCACGAACCGUGCCAGUGUCGGGUCGUGCCUCCGCCACCACCACCUCCUUCGGGGGGUUGCACCUGGGCACGGUGGUGGGGCUGCUGGCGGCGCCGCCCAUAGUCAACAGCCUGGGCUGGCAGGCGCUGUUCUACAUCUACGGCGGCCUGGGUCUGGUCUGGUACGCCUGGUUCGAGUCCGUCAUCAUGCCGGAGCUGGCGGCGCAGGAUCCAUCCAUGACCGCCGCACUCACCGGCACCGCCAGCGGCGCCGGACCCGCCUCGGCGGCGGACAAGGCGGCGGCCGCCGCGGCCGCCGCCGCCGCGCCGGCUGGCGGCGCCGCCGCCGUCAAGGCGGCUGCGCCGCCGGUGCCGUACCGCGCCUUCCUCCGCUCCAAGGAGAUGCAGGCGCUCAUGGUGACUCACUUCUGCAACAACAUGUACUACUUCACUCUGUUGUCGUGGCUGCCGACUUACUUCGUCCAGGACCUAGGAAUGGACCUCAGCCAGGCCUCCUUCAUGUCCAUGGUCCCCGCCAUGACGGGCUUCCUGGUCUCCAACCUGGCCGGCCGCUUCGCCGACUGGCUGCUGGCGGGCGGCAUGCCGCUGCCCACCGUGCGCAAGACCGUGCAGUCCAUCUCCAUGCUGGGCUCCGCCGCCGCCAUGACCGGCGCCCUGGCCGCCGACGAGCCGGCCUGGGUGGUAGGCUUCAUGAUCGCUGGCCUGACCGCCCACCCCUUCACCCUGGCUGGGCUGUUCUGCACACCCAACGACCUCAGCAGCAGAUACGCGGGCGCCCUGUUGGGCAUCUCCAACACCUGCGGCGCGCUGGGGGCAGUGACGGGUAUCGCCGCGUGCGGACUGCUGCUUGACGCCACGGGCGGCAGCUGGGAGGCGGGCCUCUACUACCCGCUCAUCGGCAUGCUGCUGGCGGGCAUCUACGCCUACGUGGCGCACUGCAACAACAACCCCAUCGACUUCGACUCGCGCGACAACUCCAGGUUCGAGUGGGAGGACCGCAUUCGGGCCAGCCUCAAGGGACUGGGCCUGCCCAUCAGCGGGUAGAGCUAGAUAGCCAGCCAGCUAGGUGCACAUCUUUCUUUCAACCUGUCUAGCCACCUGCUAGCUAGGCGCCCCAGUACCGUGGAUUCCGCGCGCUACGGUUCUGGCGGCGGGCGCACUCCAUGCAAGCGAACGGUGCAAGGCACACGCGGACCCAAGCGCAAUAAGCCGAGCCCCUGACAAUAAGGGUCAAGCGCGGUUGCGUCCGAGGACUGCUGUUGAGUAAGCUGUGGGAUUGAGGAUGGUCGGAUGGGAGAUGCACAGGAUAGGCAGAGCGUACGCGGACUAGUAUGAGAGACUUAGAUGCUGAAGCAGUGCCUAUUGCAAGGCGUUUUGUUUGCUAUCGCCAAUUAGAAAGGAGAAUAACUCGGGAGAGACGAUCAGCCGGCCGUGGUUGCUCGAAGAACCAGCUCGAAGAGUGUACUGGGUGCGGUAUGCGACACAGCGGCAGUCCAUGCUGCUGCUGCAGUGAAUCUGUUAUGCUAUGUUGAUUGUUGGGUUUGGUUAUACGUAUGAUGCGAUGCUUGAAGGCAACAUGAGUAUGAGUGGGUGGGUGGAACCGCGGGGCGACGUCGUGCCGCACGGCAGCAGUGAUGUGUGGGUGUGGUGUCGCUGUGCCACACACAGGAAGUUUGUGGACGGAGUUGUUAUUCUUUGUUGUUGUCUUAGAGCCUCUUAUAGCCUUCGACCGAUUGCCCAGCACCUGUGUGCUCAGCUGGUCGUGGGCAAAGGGCUUUGUGCGAUACCGGUACUGUAGGUUGCACGCUGCGUGUGCAUGAAGGAUGCAGUAUGCACGUUGAUGAAUGUAAGGAAUGCAACGC